GGCAAUCGAUAGUCGAUUGCUUGCCAGCUUUUUUGCUUUGUUUAUUGAUUGCGGGGCGUAAACACAUUAAUUAAUAUUAGUUAUUUAUUAAAGCAAGUUACCACAACAGUAUGGAUUUCGAUAGUCCAGAGGAAAAGGAGUUUCCCGGCUUAUAUGCAUCCGAAGCAGCCGAUGCCAAGUCCAAAAAGAGCAAGGAGGAGAGUGACUUUAGCGAAGGCGAUCACGACAAGCACGGCAAGAAGGAUCUGCUUAUUGGACGUCGCAAGGACAAGAAAGAAAAGGGAAAGGAUCGCGGAUAUGCUGCUUUAGAAGGUGAAAGUUCACCCGAAGAGGAGCUGGACACUAAAAGCCCAUCGAAGUCCAAGAAAUCCAAGACCUUCAAGUUCACAAGCUCCAAGAGCAAGGAGAAGCGUGAGAAGUCGCGCGACAAGGAAAAGGAGCAAAAGGUACCUGACGAAGAGACAGCUCACAAAAUAAAAGACAAGGAAAGGGAUAAAGAUAAAGACAAGGACCGUCAACAUGAUGAGAAGGAGCACAAAAAGAAGGACAAAGAGCGCAAAGAGAAGGACAAAAAGGAAAAGUCAGAGAAGAAAGACAAAAAGGAUAAGAAGAGUAAACAAACACAACAAGAGGACACUGGCGGCGUCGAAGAAGUCCUGGCUCUGGGCUAUCCAAUCUUUGGCGUCUCCGUCAGUCUGGCCACAGAACGAUCACGGUGCCAUGACGGCGUCGAUCUUCCGCUGGUUGUGCGCGACUGCAUCGAUUACCUGCAGCAGGAGCAAUCGCUCAAGGCUGAGCAAAUCUACAAAGUGGAGCCCAUCAAGACGCGUCUCAUGCACUACAAGGGAUUGUACAACAAUCGCGAAUAUGAUGCGUCUGUGGACGAGCUCAACAUUCCCACCGCCUGCAGUCUGAUCAAAUUGUUCUUCCUUGAGUUGCCAGAGCCGGUGCUAACCACGGAUUUGGUGGCACGUUUCGAGGAGGUGGCAUCGCAUCCCAAGGUCACCGAGCAGCAAGCGGAGCUGCAGCAACUGCUGGACCAGCUGCCCAAGUGUAAUCGCACCCUCUUGGCUUGGAUGAUGCUACACUUUGACGCAGUCAUCCAGCAGGAGCGAUACAAUAAACUCAAUGCCCAAUCUCUGGCCAUGUUGCUCAGUCCAACUCUGCAGAUGUCUCACCGUUUAAUGGUCGCACUCUUGUGCCACUGCACGAAUCUCUUUCCAGACGUCAAGCUGAUAAAAUAUGUGCCACCACUUACAUCCAGCAGUCCUGGGUUGCCGGACAAGCCCGAGGACAUACAAACUGAGCUGCGCAAGCAGGACAGUCUUUUGGCUCAAAUACACAGCGAAAUGAAUGCGGGAUUCAUCACCAAGAAGCGAGAGGAGCAACUCUGGGAGGUGCAACGUAUUAUCACACAGUUGAAACGGAAACUGCGAAGCUGUGAAAAGAAGCAGGAGAAGUCCAUAGAUGAGGGGGACAGCAGUGCAACUGCGCAACCUUCUGUGCCACCAGUAGCAGCAGCAGCACCAACAGUACCAGCACCAACAGUACCAGAAGAUAAUGUUAGCGAGGAUACCACCGACUCCAAGCCUGCGUCUUCGCACAUUGUCGCCACCGAAGAUCCUCCUGAAGAGCCUAGCGUAUCUGUAUCUCCAAAUGCAGCAACGAUUGAGUACACCACCGACAAGCAGACGGGCUAUCUAUUGCUGCCCAAAUCGAAUCCACAACGGGAUGAGCUGCUUCGGCUGCAAAUUGAAUAUGACGAGUUGAUAAGCUGGCAAAAUGAACUCAAGACUCGCAUUCUUGCCGAGCGCAAUGAAGUCUUUCGCUUGAAACAGUUAUGUGAGCAGGAAAUGCUAAAGCCACAAGCUGAUGCGACCAGCAGUCAGGAGCAGUUGUCUGGAGAGGGUGAUUAUGAGCGUGUUAUUGAGCACUAUACGCGGGAGAAUGCGCUGCUGGAGCACAAAAAGCAAAUGCUGGGCAUGGAGCUUAAGGAAGAACGGCGUGCUUGCAUUGCGCUUCAGGUGGAGCUUCGUAUGCAGCAGUUUUAAAUUAUUCACAUUUUACUAAAUAUCUAUAUGUCAAACGAACAAAAAACAAAAACAAAAACAGAGAAAGAAAUGCAAAUACAUGAUAAAGCUUCAUUUCAAACGAAA